GCGGGCAUCCAGGAGAACACCCCUGUCACAUGACCUGAGCGGGCAGAAUGCCUUCCCUUUGCCUGAGGCUGACAGGUGCCAGAGAGGUGGGAGCCGCUUGUGUGUGAGGAACAUGGACCCUAUCGCCAGUGUCUCCUCCGCUCUGCUCUCCCCUACCGCCGCGCUAGGGCUGCUGGUGGCGCUACUCACCGCGGUGCUGGUUCGGUACCUGCUGCCCAAUGGGUCCCAGAAGCCGCCCUACCCUCCCUGCAUCCGAGGCUGGAUCCCCUGGUUCGGGGCUGCGUUUGACAUGGGGAAAGCGCCCCUGGAGUUCAUCGCCAGAGCCAGGGAGAAGCACGGCCCCAUAUUCACAGUGCUGGCAGCGGGGAACAGGCUUACGUUUCUCAGCGGAAAGGAGGGCAUAUCUGCAUUUUUCUCUUCCAAAGAAGCCGAUUUCCAGCAAGCUGUACAGAAACCUGUUCAACAUACAGCUUCAAUAAACAAGGAGGACUUCUUGAAGAGCCACUCCUCUAUACACGAGACCAUAAAGCUGCGCUUGUCACAGAACAGGCUCCAUCUUUACUUUGACCGGAUACGGAAUGAGUUCAGCACGCGGAUAGAACUUCUGAAUCCAGAAGGGACCGAAGAUCUCUUUGCCUUGGUAAAGAAAGUCAUGUACCCAGCAGUGGCAGAUACCCUGUUUGGCAAGGGCUUGUGUCCAACUGGGAAGGGCAAGCUGGAAGAGUUUGCCGAGCAUUUCUGGAAGUUCGAUGAAGGCUUUGAGUAUGGCUCUCAGCUGCCGGAGUUCCUCUUGAGAGACUGGUCUCAGUCCAAACAAUGGCUGCUAAGGCUCUUCAAGAAAAUCGUAAUAGAAGCGGAGAUGAACAAUCCUCUCGAGGAGACAUCUAAGACAUUGCAUCAGCACUUACUGGACACGCUCAAAGGGAACUCCACCUACAACAACAGCCUGCUGCUUCUCUGGGCAUCUCAAGCCAACGCCAAUCCAGUUACCUUUUGGACGCUUGGCUUCAUUAUUUCAGAUCCGCUGGUGUACAAGGCUGCCAUGGAUGAGAUACAUUCUGUAUUUGGUAAAGCAGGUAACAAAGAAUUAAAUAUGAAUGAAGCUGAGCUGAAAAGGCUUCCAUUUAUCAAAACCUGCGUGCUGGAGGCGAUACGGCUAAGAUCUCCCGGGGCCAUCACCAGGAAAGCUGUUCAGCCCCUGAAGAUUAAUAAUUACCUUGUUCCGGCUGGGGACCUCUUGAUGUUGUCGCCUUAUUGGCUCCACCGAGACCCGACGCUGUUCCCUGAACCGGAAAUGUUUCGGCCUGAACGCUGGAGCAAAGCAAAUUUAGAGAAGAAUGUUUUCUUGGAGGGUUUCGUGGCCUUUGGCGGAGGGAAGUAUCAGUGUCCGGGAAGAUGGUUUGCACUGAUGGAGAUGCACAUGCUUGUCGUGAUGAUGCUCUACAAGUAUGAAUUUAGCCUUCUGGACCCACUUCCAAAACAGAGCAAUCUUCAUUUAGUGGGAACUCAGCAACCUGAUGGGCCCUGCCGUGUUCGAUACAAGCUGAGAAAAUAAUGUAAAGGUAAAGGUAGCUCCGAUGGAAGGAACACAGGAAACAGGAAGGCCUUUGGGAAAAAGAAGCAGAAAUCAUUUGUAUAGUAAUGGCCGUCAGAGUGAUUUACAGUGUUCCCUAUAUUGUACUGUAUGGAUCAGUAUUCAAGCCCUGCUCCCAUUUGUAUUCCAAUAAACCAUCCUUUGUAUAUAACUGGUAGAUAUGUACGGCUGGUUGUUAGGGCUGAAUAAAAACCCACAUUCUGGGGCUGCUUGCA